GACAUCCGGACUGGGAGAUGUUGAGGCCGCAAGGAUAUCAGUGAUAGCAUUAUUUUACCUCAACAGUACCUACUGGAAUGUAAACAUGAAGUCAGUUGGUUCUGCUCAAACAGUCGGAUCAUUCCUUCUGUUCCUUUAUGUGACUCAAGCUGAAGUUGAUUAGUGAUCAGAGGGGAAAGGUUCUGACACACAGAGCCGUCUUUGUUUUCCUGCAGUUUAACCUAAAACACGUCAACCGGGUCCAGUCCAUCCUCACACAGGAUUUGCAUGUUGAUGGAAACAGAAAGCAAACAGGCUGCAGCUCAUUUUCAUUUAGUGCCUCAUGUUGGCGUUGGGCUGCAGAACUCCAGCUCUUCUCUCCCACGUUUCAGGAACCGGAACGAUUAGAAAGUUGUUUAGAAAUACUCGAUCCAACAGUGAAGGCGGUGAAUGUUGGGUCGAACACUCAGAUACAGAGUUUCUCUCCAGAAUCUGCCUCUGAACGUUUAUCUGAUUAUUUCCAAAAUGACCGAUCUGUUUAGUGCAGAUCUAAAAGCAGUCUGCUGAAACCAUCAGAACAUAAACUGGUGAGUGAGUUUUAUUUAUGAACCACAGUCCAAAUACUGCUGAUGAAUCCAGUUUGGGCCCAUUCAGCCUCAAAGUAUGUCAUCAACCUGACAUCAACUCCUAAAGCUGUAUUUAGCUGGAUCCAGGUGAGGCGCACAUUAGCUUUUAGAGGCAGAACAGUUCUAGAACCAGAUCUUUAUUAAAACACAAUGAAAAUGUAAGGUCCAGAAGUAUGGUUCCAGUAUCCCGUUCUUCAUGUUGUCUACUCAGGCAGAAGUGAAACAGAACUGGCAUGAACAGAACCAUGUGACUUGUAAUCUCCUAACAAACCAAUUGCUGUGGUGGAGCUCUCUGGUUCUGUCUCACUAUCUGAUCCGUCUGGCUUUAUUGAACAGAACACCUCCUUUCAGGUCAUCAGCAGGAAGCUUCAUGCACACCAGGUCCUCAAGUCAGGUUUCUUUGAUGAAUCUCAGAGCAUUGGUGUCAUUUCAGGGCCUGAUUGGAUCCGUCUGUCUCUGGGAAUUCUCCAUGGCUGCAGAGGUGACCAGGUUGUGGUUCCUGUCUUCAGGGCUUGUGGGCCUCUUCAUCAUCGUCCUCCUCCUCUCAAUCUUCCUCACAGCCAUCUGCCUCGACUGCAACAGACAUUCGUUUGAGCUUCAGGAUUCAGAGACAGAAAAACACCCAUCAGCUCUCAUCAGAGUGGUGAAGCUGGAGGAGGUGAAGGAGAACCCAAUGAUUGAAGAGAUCCAGAAGGAUGAGAAAGAGUUUCAUCCUAAAGGAGAUCCAGCUGUGUCGUUUAGUUCCUCACCGAGCCAGCAGGGGGAGCUGCAGACCCUCCCAGACCCAAAUCCUUCAGAAGGAACCUCGGUCACUCCCUGGAGGAGCCACAUGAUGGCGCCACAGAGCAGAGAUCUAAAUGGCUCCACCCCUCAAGCUUUAAAACACAUCAACCAAACCGCUGGAGAUGGACGGGGCAACAGCGGUGAAGCACUCUCACCAUCAGCCAAUCAUUUGUCAACACAGCUGCACUACAUCGCUCACUCUGAUGACAGAAACUUGGUUUAUGCUCGAGUCAGCAAGAAGCUUCGUUUGACCAACUCAACUGUUCCCACACCUGAGGAGGCAGAACCAAAGCUGGAGGAGGAGGAGCCAGAGGAGGAGAGGUCACCUCCACUGCCUGACAAGAGAACAUGGAUGGAGGACAGAAAGGAUGAAGGAGGCUCCAUGUUUAUCUCCAAAUAAACUCGAAACCUGCAGCUGUCAGCAGGAGACACUGCAUCUGAAAAGCUGCAGGUGUCUGAUUAUUAACUAAAGUUCAGCUGCAGAAGAUGAUCUUCAUGAUGAUUACACCACAACCUGUUUCAGCUUGGACAAUAAGAACUUUCAGAACAACAAUCUUCAGUGAGGAUCAUAGUGGACCUGAGUCCACAGAGUACCUCAGUCAGACUGUCUGGUACCACGCAAACAGCAGGUUCUAUCCAAACCGGGGACCAUCCUGAACCUCAAAAACUGAUUCUUGGUCAGACUGCUGCUGGCCCGGUCCAGAACAUACCAACAACAGCCUUACUGGGUCACACUGAGUUUCUGCACGACAACAGAUACAUCGCAGCUUAUGUUCACAUUAUGUGACUCAAACCAAUACAUUAGAUUAAAAUUGUUGUUUUCUUUGAAAACGUGUUCCCCACAUAUUUGAUUUUCUCCCAGUAAGAUUUGAUUGUGGGUCCUGCAGAAGUCAAAUAUGUUCUGGAUGAGAUGCUUCUCAGAUUACAUGUGAGUUUUCCUCAACUGGAAGCCUCGACCAAACAUGACAAACUAAAUGUGAAGUUGAAAUACUUAAGAAGGAAAAAUGUUGAAAAUGUAUCAUCAGUGGCUGAUUAGCAGCUUUAUGGAAAUUUGUCAGGCUGGAAAUGUUAGGAUUUGAAGGUGUUUGGUUUUGGGUUGUUUUCUGUUUAUGAUUGUUCAUGUUGUCCAGGUGGGGUUUUAGUUCAUUCCGUCAGGUUAAUUUCUUACUUUUUAUUUAGGGUAUGUUCUGUUACAUCUGUGAGAUUUUCCUUUGGUUAGAUUGUUUCUUGCAUCUAUUUUCAGGUAAUUCAUGUUUUGAACCUAAUAAAUUUCAUUCAGUCCAUCUGCACCAUGCCAA